AUGUCCUCCAGACUUGAUAACCUCGCACUGGCCUGGAUAGAUCUGAAGGAUGGCGUUGACAGAAUAUAUGAGCAAAAAAUGAACAAAAAAGACUACAUGAUUCUGUUUACAAACCUGAUCGGGCUGGAGCUGUAUAAAAAGCUACGCGAGUAUCUUAAACAGCGUGUCACCUCCUUGCGUGCAGAAGGUGAAAGCCUCAUGGGUGAAGAACUUUUAUCCUUCUUCGAGAAGUCAUGGCGUAGUUUUCGUUUCUCAUCCAAUGUCCUUGACGGUGCCUUUCGGUACCUCAACAGAAAUUGGGUUAAGAGAGAAUUCGAAGAAGGUCGGAAAAGCAUCGUUGUUGUUUAUGCGGUGAGUAUGCUUUCAUUCUCCUUAAAUCUCAGCUUUAAAUUCCUUCUUGCGACCACGCUUGCCCUUAUGAUUUGGAGGGAUAUAAUGCUGAAGCCCUUUAGUCAAGCUCUCAUUUCUGCGAUAUUUCGGGAGAUUGAGAAGGAAAGGCACGGUGAGACUGUGGCUACCCAGAGACUUCAGGCAAUCAUCGAGUGCCUUGUGGAAUUACGUGUCACUACUGAGCAGUAUCCAUCACAAAAUAUGCAGAUGUCGGGUCCGCUUCAACAGGGCCUCCUCACACAGCAACCUCGUUCACCGCUCCCUGGACAGCUAGAUGCU